AUGGGAUUCAAAGAAGGCAAGUACAUUUAUAUAGAGUCCAAGGGGGAGGAAUUGGUGAUGACAAGGAACACCAAGAGAAGAGAACAAUGGGAGAGCUCCCAAAUUGCGACAGUUGUCACAAGGAGAGGAUUUCACUCUGGAAUGACUAAAUGUUUAGAUGCGGGAUCUUUAAGAAGGGAUGGACUUAUUAGGGAGAAAAAAGAUCCCGGACAUGGAGUAGGAAUCUUUGGAGAGGGAUGGAGGAUUCCAAACAUGAAAGAGGAAUACUUAAAGAAGGAGUAUUCCUUAGAGGAAAGAGGAUCCCUUGGAGAGAAGUGA